CACCUCUCUCACUAGGGCUGCAGUUUGUAGACUCUCAGGGAGCUUUCAAAAAAAAGUUACAGGUGGAGGUCAAAGGCGUUGUAGACCCUGAAGAGAACCUCCCUGGAGUCUACCCUGCAUCUUUGGAGAGGUUGGACUUGGGGUCCAGGCACUCAACAGCAUCCCUUGCCAAUCAUCUGUGCUCCCUUCCCACCCCCAGCCCAGGCCUCUUGGAGGCUCUGAGGCAAACUGGGGGCUUGUGGGGUGGGGUUGAGAAGACCUGCUGUAGUGCCACCUCUGUGACCCAGGAGCGCUGUGGCUCCCCUCAUCUGCGGAGGCCAAGAAAGACGCAGGAACCCACCUUGCCGGCAUACCUUUCUUGACACAAAAUGGCCAUGAAGAGAGAGUCUCUGUUACCAUAUUACACAGCCCAGAGUGGUUCUGAAGUCGGCAUGUUCAACACCGCCAUGGGGAAAUUACAGCAGCAGUUACACAAAGGAGAGUAUGAUAUAUUCAAGUACGCACCGAUAUUCGAGAGUGACUUCAUCCAGAUCACCAAACGUGGAGAAGUGAUCGACGUGCACAAUCGUGUCCGAAUGGUGACCGUGGGCAUUGCGUGCACCAGUCCCAUCCUUCCACUCCCUGAUGUCAUGCUGUUGGCCCGGCCAGCACCAUUUGAUGAGCUUCCCGGUCAUGGUCAGUCCACCAGCAUCAAGGGCAAAAAACGCAAGGCUGGAAAGACCCUGGAGCUCACUAGGCUCCUUCCUUUGAAGUUUGUAAGGAUUUCUGUUCACAAACGUGAUCAACAACAGCUACAUCUCAAGUUUGCUACUGGCCGCUCUUGCUACCUGCAGUUGUGCCCCCCUCCCGAAAGCAAGGAUGAUCUCUUUUCCUACUGGGAAAAAUUGAUCGACCUCCUGAGACCACCUGUGGACAGUAACAGCAGUACCUAUGCCAUCCCAGCAGGGGACAUGAUGAACAUGCCUUUUCUGGAUGAAGAACUGAAGGUACCUAAUCGUAAAAAAGGCAACCGCCGCAAAAAAGGCGGCCACCGGAAAAAAGGGGAGCCAGACCAGGUCAGCGUUAAAAGCCUCCCUAUGGCCACAACAGACGUGAGCGCGAUCAACUCUUCCGCUUUUGCUGGUGGGGAGGGUACCCAUCAUGAUUCUGACAUAUCCACUAUUGUGUCCAGGAUACCCACACCCAAAAUAAGCUCAAAAGUCCUUGCCAGAGAGUCGGCAUCAGAGGCAAUAAUGUGUGACCUAGUAGACUCUUUGAGCUUGGCAGCAAGCAUGCCUGAAGGCUUGGAACAGAUAAACAAAGCUACAGUAGGGGAGGCUGUCGUGGGAGCAAGAGGAAGCAAAAGCCAUCUGACCAUAACAAGCCCUGGCAAAAUGUCGCCGAAGAACAUGAAGAUUGCCUUGGCAGGGAUGGCAAGCAGGUCCUUGGAGUAUAUUCCCAAUUCACCCACCAGCCUCUCCCGAAAAGAGAUCAUGACGAUAACAAAUCCCAGGAUUGAGACUACAGGAGAGUCUGUUGGGGAAACAGCAAAUGAUCCAGUCCCAGUUGUCCUCGCCUUGACCUUGCCAAGCGAAAGCCGCUCAAGGGAAGAGACGGGACGACAGAAAGCCCGUGAGACCGACACCAAAGCCCAUAAGGAAAGGAGGUCGAGACGGGACCAGAGAGCCAAGGAAAGAGUCGGCAGCAGGAGUGAGCACCACCAGAGGACAGGAGAAGGUCACAAGACAGCAGGGGACAAGGACUUUCGAAAAUCAGCCAGUCACAGAUGUGUUGGCGACAACGAGAAGGACAAAGGCAGCAAGCGCAACAGGUGGCACAAAGGGGUCUGCCAUGUCCCCAUCACGAAGGAGUCCCAGAGCUCUCACAAACUGUCCCGGACCAUCUCCACUGCCAGCUCUGCCUCUACGAGCAAGAGAAUGGGCAGGAUCAGCUUGUUCCUGAGAAACAUCAGAGCCAGCUUGGCUGGAAAAGGCCUGGCACCACGUGGCCAAGAUGUGGGCAUCAUGACUAAGACAUUAGAGACAACCGACGUAAAGGCUAUCAUGGAGGCAGAGGAUGGCCAGGGCCUGGAAAUCAUUGAUUCUGUGACAUCCGAGGUCAUGGAGACAGUGACCUUUGAAGCUCAUUGAAGUAUAACUCAGAGCCAAAAACUGCAAAGGGACCCAGGGCCCAGGGCCAAUCCCUGGAAUCCACUCCAGCUUUCUCAGUGCAGUUUAAAUAAAGGAU